AUUAUUAUUAUUUUUUAUUUUAUUAUUUUAUUUCGUUUUAUUUGAUUGGAUUUUCUACAUGAGUAUUUUAAAAAACAAGACAAGAAAAAAAAAAAACCUUUUCUCCCUCACGCACACUGACACGUUCCUUUUUGGCUCUCCACUACUCUCCUCCUCUGACCCGUAACCACCCCAACCAAAAAGAUCCAUUCACUCCCAAUUCCUCAUCUUCAUUAGCAUCCACCAUUCACUGGGACCCUUUUCUAUUUUUUUUUUCCUACAUCACGCACAUCAAAGAGAAGGGGAUUCUCCCACUAAACUUCACUUUUUUCCAAUUAGCAAAAACCCUCAACCCAAGCUUCUGUUGCUCUCAUUCCAUCUCCACACCUCAGACCUUCAGCACCCACAAACCCAUAGUCAUCAUCGCUCCCCGCGUCUCGUGACAGCAAGCGCCACCGGAAAUAAAGUUAAGCCUUCAUGCCUCUGUUCAUCUUCAUCAUCAAUCAUCUCCAACCACCUAAAUGAUUCGAAAAUGGAAAUCCAAUCGUAGCAUCGAGAAGCAACACUCAGCGCGCGCGACACCAUCUUCUCCUUCAUCGCUCCAUCACAGUUUCACUAUCUCGCGUGAACAGCCAACACCGUACCUUGGGUCUCGCCGUCGCUCGCCCUCAGCCGGUCGGAGUGGCCGUUGUCGAUGCCAUUCAAACCGGAGGGAUCGCGUCUCCCACUGACUCCUCGUUCUGCCAGUGAGGUCGUCGUCGUUCACCGAGACCGUCACCGUUAUCACUGGCGCCAAAUCUGGAGCUCCCCCUCUCGACUCCGUUUUCCCUUAGUGGAGAGGAAAACCCUAACAUUCUAAGCUGGAGAUAAAGGGGUUUGGACCUGCACCAAAACUUGCGUGUGACACCCUGAGACUCAGAGCAAACACAUUCAUGGCGAUUGAAACGCUAGUGUUAGGCGCUGGUCAAGAAGUUGGGAAGAGCUGCGUGGUGGUAACCAUGAAUGGCAAACGAAUCAUGUUUGAUUGUGGAAUGCAUAUGGGGUUCUUGGACCAUCGUCGUUACCCUGAUUUCACCCUUGUCGAUCCCAAUCAAGAUUUCAACUCUGCCAUUACUUGCAUCAUCAUCACCCACUUUCAUUUGGAUCAUGUUGGCGCUUUAGCUUACUUCACAGAAGUUUGUGGGUAUAAUGGACCAAUUUACAUGACGUACCCAACAAAAGCUUUGGCUCCUUUGAUGUUGGAAGACUAUCGCAAAGUGAUGGUUGAUCGGCGGGGUGAGGAAGAGCUAUUCUCAUCUGAUCAAAUUGCUGAGUGCAUGAAGAAGGUUACUGCUGUUGAUUUGAGGCAAACUGUACAAGUAGAUGAAGACUUGCAGAUACGUGCCUAUUACGCAGGACAUGUUAUUGGAGCUGCAAUGUUCUAUGCAAAAGUAGGAGAUGCAGAAAUGGUUUAUACUGGAGACUACAAUAUGACACCGGAUAGACACCUUGGAGCAGCUCAAAUUGAUAGAUUACGACUUGACCUUCUUAUAACUGAAUCCACAUAUGCGACUACAAUUCGUGAUUCAAGAUAUGCUCGAGAGAGGGAAUUCCUCAAAGCUGUUCAUAAAUGUGUAUCAUGUGGAGGCAAGGUGCUUAUUCCAACAUUUGCUCUUGGAAGAGCUCAGGAACUAUGCAUUUUGUUGGAGGACUACUGGGAACGCAUGAAUUUGCAGGUUCCUAUCUACUUCUCAGCAGGAUUAACAAUCCAAGCUAAUGCGUAUUAUAAAAUGCUUAUUAGUUGGACAAGCCAGAAGAUUAAAGAUACAUACUCUAAACAUAAUGCUUUUGAUUUUAAGAAUGUUCAAAAAUUUGAAAGGUCUAUGAUAAAUGCUCCUGGUCCUUGUGUUCUUUUCGCGACUCCUGGGAUGAUAAGCGGUGGAUUUUCACUUGAAGUUUUUAAGCAGUGGGCAGUGUCAGAAAAUAACCUUGUCACUUUGCCAGGGUAUUGUGUGGCUGGAACGAUAGGUCAUAAAUUAAUGUCAGAUAAGCGGGCCAAAGUUGAUCUGGAUGCUAAGACAAGAAUAGAUGUGCGAUGCCAGGUUCAUCAAUUAGCUUUUAGUCCUCACACUGAUUCUAAAGGGAUAAUGGAUCUUGUAAAUUUUCUCACCCCCAAGCACGUUAUUCUAGUGCAUGGAGAGAAGCAUAAGAUGGCUUCCCUUAAAGAAAAGAUUCAUUCUGAAUUUGGGAUUCAAUGUUAUGAUCCUGCAAACAAUGAAACCAUAUGCAUUUCUUCAACUCACUCUGUAAAUGCAGAAGCCUCAGACACUUUCAUUCGAAGCUGCUUGAGUCCAAACUUCACAUUUCAGAAAUGUAGUUCUGCGGACGCAUGUAACUCUACUACGAUAGGCAAGAGCUUAAUGCCUAUGGUCCAAGUUGAAGAUGAAAGGGUAUCAGAGGGAGUUUUUGUUGUGGAGAGGGGUAAAAAGCCAAAGAUUGUACACAAGGACGAACUUUUGCUUAUGUUGGAAGAACAGAAGCACGAUACAAUGAGCGGGACGUUCUGACAUUGGUGACUCAAUGGAUAACUUAAGUGACAGGUGCUCUUAGCCUCAUUUGUGCUUGCUAACAACUUGGUCAACUUCUACACGUCUUAACAUUUAUACACUCUCCAACUACCUAUACCAAUUAACUUGGUCAUAUUUAAUGGUUCGUUGAACACAAUCUAGUCAAAAAAUUUCAAAAGAAAACUGUGUGCUCAUUCAUAUAAGAAAUCUCUUUACGUGAC